GUCCGAAGUCACGAGGAUUACUGCUCAUAGAGUAUAGGUCGUACAGCUGGAAGGCCGUAGGAAGUCCUGCUCCCAGGCAAGGUUUGAGAAGAAGCUGUCCACGUUCACAGUGGGCGAGAGAAAGUUGAGACCACAGCAAUGACCGAGUCCUAUGUGAAGAAGCUGUCCACCAUCCUGCUGGACGCCGUCACCGACAAGGACCCGCUGGUGCAGGAGCAGGUGUGCAGUGCCCUUUGCGCACUUGGAGAGUCGCAGCCAGAGGAGGCGCUCAGUGCUUGGGAGGAGUACCUGCAGCAGCACGGGAAGCUGGCGCAUCCGUACCGGACAAUGAUCCUGAGGGCCAUGGAGGUGGUGGUGAGCAGUCACAUCAGCGAGCUGGACAAGGACAUGGCCAGGGCCAUCAUCCUUCUGGCCUCCAGUGAGAUGACCAAGGUGAAGGAAUUGGUUUGUGACUGGCAGCAGGCCGCCAGCAACGUCCUUGUGGCCGUGGGAAAGCGGUUCAUCGGCAGAGUGAUGGAGGAAAUGCUGAGCAAGUUCCAGCCUGGGGUCCUGCCCCACUAUUUUGUUGUGCAGACACUCGCCAACCUCUCGGUUUCCAACGUGUUCGGCAUGGUGCCCUUCCUGACGUCCAUCCUCAACACCAUGCUGCCCAUGCUGGGCAUGGCCAAGCACGACACGAUGAGGGUGGUGUUCUGCUGUGCUCUGCAGCACUUCAGCGAGAGCACCCUGGAGUAUCUGGCCAACCUGGACCAAGCCCCAGACCCCACGGUCAGGAAAGAUGCCUUCGCUACCGACAUCUUCAGUGCCUACCACAUCCUCUUUCACCAAUGGCUGCAGAGCCGUGAAGCCAAGCUCCGGCUUGCCGUGGUGGAGGCCCUGGGGCCCAUGAGCCACCUGCUGCCCAGUGAGAAGCUGGAGGAGCAGCUCCCCAAGCUCCUGCCUGGAGUCCUCGCUCUCUACAAGAAGCACGCUGAGACCUUCCACGUGUCCAAGAGCCUGGGCCAGAUCCUUGAGGCAGCUGUGAGCGUGGGCAGCCGCACGCUGGAGGUCCAGCUCGACUCACUCCUGGCUGCUCUGCAUGCUCAGAUUUGUGUGCCUGUGGAGUCGUCAAGCCCCCUGGUAAUGAGCAACCAGAAGGAGGUGCUGCGCUGCUUCACUGUGCUGGCUUGCCGCUCACCUGACCGCCUGCUGGCCUUCCUGCUGCCCAAGCUGGACACCAACAAUGAGAGGACCCGUGUGGGCACCCUGCAGGUCCUGAGGCACGUCAUCAACUCAGCUGCUGCUCAGAUGGAAGUUAAGAAGCCCUUUAUUCUCUCCUCCAUGCGACUUCCUCUCCUGGACACCAACAGCAAGGUGAAGCGGGCCGUGGUACAGGUGAUCAGCGCCAUGGCCCACCAUGGCUACCUGGAGCAGCCUGGAGGCGAGGCAAUGAUUGAGUACAUCGUGCAGCAGUGUGCACUGCCCCCCGAGACUGAGAGGCCAGGCCCCGGCAGCGAGGACCCCACGGCCGACAGCGUGCGGGCCGUCAGCGUCAGCACGCUCUACCUGGUCAGCACCACCGUGGACAGGAUGAGCGCCGUCCUCUGGCCCUACCUGCUCGAGUUCCUCACCCCCUUGCGCUUCACCGGGGCGCUGACCCCGCUGUGUAAGAGCCUCGUGCACCUGGCCCAGAAGAGGCGGGAGGCUGGGGCUGAUGCCCUCCUCAUCCAGUACGAUGACAGCAAGGGGACCCUUCCAUCUCCCUACGCCAUAACCACGAGGCUUCUGGCCGUGUGUUCCAACCCCUACCUGGGGGACGGCCGCGGGGCAGCCUCACUGCGCCUCCUGAAUGUCCUGCACCGUGACAUCCACCCUUUGCUGCAUCAGCGGUGGGCCACAACCAUCCCCCUGCUGCUGGACUACCUAGAUGAAUAUACUGAGGAAACCCUGUCACAGAAGGAAUGGGAGGAAAAGCUGCUGAUGUUCCUUCGGGACACCCUCACUGUUGUGCCUGACAACACGUGGAUUUGCCAGCUGAGCCUGGAGAUGUGCAAGCAGCUGUCCUGCUACAGCGAGGCGCCCCAGGAGAAGAACUUCCUGUAUAAAUGCAUAGGAACCACCCUGGGCGCCACCUCGAGGAAGGAGGUGGUGAGAGAGCGUCUGCAGGAACUGCUGGAGACGGCCCGCUACCAGGAGGAGGCUGAGCGUGAGGGCCUUGCCCGUUGCUUUGGGAUCUGUGCCAUCUCCCACCUGGACGACACCCUGGCCCAGCUGGAGGACUUUGUAAGGUCGGAUGUGUUCAGGAAAUCCAUCGGCAUUUUCAACAUUUUUAAGGAUCGAAGUGAGAAUGAGGUGGACAAAGUGAAGAGCGCGCUGAUCCUCUGUUACGGGCAUGUGGCGGCGCAGGCCCCCCGGGAGCUGGUGCUGGCCAAGGUUGAGUCGGACAUCCUCCGGAACGUGUUCCAGUGCUUCCACACCAAGGUUCUGGGCAUAAAAGUAGAGACCAAGGACCCAGCCCUGAAGCUGUGCCUCGUCCAGAGCGUGUGCAUGGCCAGCCAGGCCAUUUGCAGCAGCGCGCAAGCCAGCUCCUUCCACUUCUCGCGGAAAGCAGAGCUGGUGGCACAGAUGAUGGAGUUCAUCAAGGCAGAGCCCCCAGACUCCCUGAGAACACCCAUUCGGAAGAAGGCCAUGCUCGCCUGCACUUACCUGGUCCCCUUGGAGCCAGCGCUGGAGGAGCAGGCACGGUCGGACAUGAUCCACGGCUGUCUGCACAGCGUCAUGGCCGUGGUGCCUGGGCCCGAAGGGGAGGAUGGCGACCAGGAGUCCCUGUACCUGGACACCACGCACGCCCUUGAGGAUCUGCUGACGAGCCUCCUCCGGCGGAACAUGACCCCCCAGGGCCUGCAGAUCAUGGUGGAGCACCUGAGCCCGUGGAUCAAGUCCCCAAGGGGCCACGAGCGGGUGCGGGCGCUUGGCCUGAGCGCCUGCCUGCUGCGGUUCUUCCUGGAGCACCUGCACAUCAGUGCCCUGGUGCCCUUCCACAACUUGGGCCUCCUUGUCGGCCUCUUCUCCCCACGGUGUGCGGACCUGUGGCCUGCCACCCGCCAGGAGGCCGUGAGCUGCGUCUACUCCCUGCUCUACCUCCAGCUGGGCUAUGAGGGCUUCUCCCGAGACUACCGGGACGAUGUGGCCGAGCAGCUCCUCACCCUCAAAGAUGGCCUCGUGCACCCCGACCCUGCUGUCCUCCUUCACACCUGCCACAGCAUAGCCCAGAUUAUUGCGAAGCGCCUCCCGCCAGAUCAACUCAUCAGCCUCUUGCUAACCAUGUUUGAGAGCCUGGGAGACCCUGACAAGAACUGCUCCCGAGCUGCUACUGUCAUGAUCAACAGCCUGCUGAAGGAGCGGGGCAACAUGCUCCUGGAGAAGGUGCCCGAGAUUGUGAGCGUGCUGCGCUCCAAGCUGCAGGAGACCCGAGAGGAGCACAUCUUGCAGGCCGCGCAGCACAGCGUGUACCUCCUGGCCUCCCAGCACCGCGCAGCUGUGGUGUCCAGCCUCCUGGGCAGCCCCCUGCCCUUUGACAGCCACACCUGCACCCUGUGGCGGGCACUGGCCGUGGAGCCCAGCCUCGCUGCACAGGUCCUGGGGCUGCUCCUGGAGAGGAUGAGCAGAGACGUCCCGUUCAAGGAGAGCCGGGCCUUCCUGCUGAGCAGCUCUCCCAGCCGCGUGGCCACACUGCUGCCCCUCGCGGCCACCUGUGCGCUACGCGAGGUCGUGUUGGCUCCGGCGUCUGGGCCCGCGGUGCUGGAGCUCUACCCGCAGUUGUUUGUGGCGCUCCUGCUGCGCGUCAGCUGCACCGUGGGCGUCCAGCUGCCCCGGACCCUGCAGGCCAAGGAGAGGAGGAGCGCCAGCUCAGCUCUGGACCCCAGGACCUUUGAGCCCUGCAGCUCUGCAGUCGAUGCUCUGCAGGCCGUGCUGCUCCGAGGUGGCAAUGAGGAUGUGGUGCAGCGCAUGGAGCUGGAGGGAGGCUGGGAGCUGCUCAGGACCUCAGCAGGGCAUGAGGAGGGGGUCACCCGGCUGGCCAGCGCCAUGGCAAAGUUUGCGGGCCCCCGGCUGCCCCUGGUGAUGAAGGCACUCGUGUGCAUACAGAGCAGCGUGUACGAGAUCCAGAGGGUCACCUCCACAGCCUUCCUGGCCGAGCACCUUUGCUUCCAGCUGCUCAACAGCAAUGUGGUGAACGACCUGAUGCUUCUGGAGUCCCUGCUGAACAACCUGGUAGCCCGGCAGAAGGACACAUGUGCCGGCGUACGGCGGCUGGUGCUCCGCGGCCUAGCCAACAUUGCCUCCAGCUCCCCCGAUAAGGUGCGGGCGCAUGGACCCCAGCUCCUGACAGCCAUGAUCGGCGGGCUGGACGACGGGGACGACCGGCACAGCCUGGUGGCCCUGGAGGCCAUGGCGGGCCUUGCAAGGCUGCUGGGCCUGGUGGAGCCCCAGGACCUGCGCCCUGUGCUGCUGCACGUCGCCAUCCGCAUCCGGCCCUUCUUUGACAGUGACAAGAUGGAGUUCCGUUCUGCAUCCAUUUGCCUCUUUGGGCAUCUCAACAAGGCCUGCCACGGGGACUGCGAGGACGUCUUCCUAGAGCAGGUCGUUGGUGGGCUGGCGCCCCUGCUGCUGCACCUGCGGGACCCCCAGGCUCCUGUGGCCGGUGCCUGCAGAUUUGCCCUGCGCAUGUGUGGCCCCAACCUGGAGUGUGAAGAACUGGCGGCCGCCUUCCAGAAGCACCUGCAGGAGGGCCAGGGCCUGCACUUUGGUGAAUUCCUCAACACCACCUGCAAGCACCUGAUGCACCACUUCCCAGACCUGCUGGGCCGCCUGGUGAGCACUAGCCUGUUCUACUUCAAGAGCAGCUGGGAGGACGUCCGUGCCGCUGCCCCCAUGCUCACGGGGUUCCUGGUGCUGCAUGUGGAGCCAGAGCACCGGCCGCAGGUGGACCUGGAGCAGCUCACUGCAGCGCUCCAGCUCCUGCUCCAGGACCCAGCCCCCGCGGUGCGCAUGAAGGCUGCCGAGACUCUGGGCCGCCUGGUGAAGUUCGCCUGAGGCUCCCCCGAUGGUGCUGCUGUUCCCACAAGCAAUACCAGCCCAAGUCGGGUCUGGGCCCAAACCUCUGAGAUGGGCCCUGAGGAGCCCCUUUCCCCGGGGCGGAGUGGGGAGCUGCCUGGGCCCCCCCGCUGCGGAUCAAACACCUGCCCUCCUUGAGGAGGCUGCUGGAGGCCUAGCAGGACCGGGCAAGUCAGCGCCCCACCUCGUGCCAAUAAAGCCAUUUGCUCCUCA